CCAGCCAAUGACAGCACAGCCUCUGUACGUCGCUCACCGACCGGACCAAUCCAAUGCCUCUGUGGCUUGGUUGCUAAGAGACGUGUUGUGUCAGUGUUGCCAAGGACCAAGAAGGAAGACGGUAUUUAGAAUAAAGUAAUGUAAAGCGAUAAUAAAUGACACGGGACACUCUACUUUGACCGUGUCCGGUAAUCAUCCGCAGGAUGGUGAAGUUGAGGGCAAGAUGUCUGCUUGUCGGAGACGCUGCAGUGGGGAAAAGUGCCCUUUCCCACAUGUUCCAUAGUGACGGUACUCUAUUCCAGAAGAACUACAGCAUGACAGCCGGAGUGGAGCUUCUGAUGAAAUGUGUCCACAUCCCAGAGACCAGCGACAGCGUGGAGCUCUACAUCAUCGACUCUCCGGGGAAGCCGGCGUUAGUGGACACCUGCGAGAAAAUGUGGGGGGAGCCGUCGCUGCUGUGUCUGGUCUUUGACCUGACCAGUGAACCGUCCUUUACACACUGCAGCCAGUGGGUGGACCGAGUUAGAAGCCACUGCCGAGGGCUCCAGCUCCCAGGGGUCCUGGUGGGCAACAAGUCGGACCUGUCCACCAGGAGGGAGGUCCAGGCCUCUGUGGCCCAGGAGUGGGCCCAGAGCCACGGGUUGGACUACCACGAGAUGUCAGCUGAGGUGGAGAACAGUGAGGCGCCGCUCCUCAGCUUGGCCCGGCUCUUCCUCGCUCUCUACCAGGAACGCUGUGAGCUCAUCCAGAGCCUGAGUCCAGGCUAGAGCCUUCCUGUGGAUCCACACACACACAUCACACACACACAAACAACACACACAUCACACACACAUCACACACACAAGCACACACACACAUCACACACACAAACACACACACACACACACAUCACGCACACACACAUCACACACACACACAUCACAAACACACACACACACAUCACGCACAAACACACACACACACACACAAACACACACACACAUCACACACACAAACACACACACACACACACAUCACACACACACACAUCACAAACACACACACACACAUCACGCACAAACACACACACACACACACAAACACACACACACAUCACACACACAAACACACACACACACACACAUCACGCACACACACACACAUCACACACACAUCACACACACACACAACACACACAAACAUCACACACUCACACACACACACACACAACACACACACACAUCACGCACACACACAUCACACACACACACACAAACAUCACACACACACACACACUCACAACACACACACACAUCACACACACACACACACACACACUCACAAACAUCACACACACACACACAUCACACACACACACACACACACACACACACACACACAUCACACACACACACACACACACACACACACACACACUCACAAACAUCACGCACACACACACACAACACACACACACAUCACGCACACACACAUCACACACUCACACACACACAACACACACACACACACACAUCACACACACACACAUCACACACACACACACAAACAUCACACACACACAAACACACACACUCACAAACAUCACGCACACAUCACACACACACACACACACACACAUCACACACUCACACACACACAACACACACACACACACACAUCACACACACACACAUCACACACACACACACAAACAUCACACACACACAAACACACACACUCACAAACAUCACGCACACAUCACACACACACACACACACACACACAUCACACACACACACACACACACACACACACACACACACACACUACUGGACUCUGAUCCUAUUGGCUGUGAAUAAAGUUGUCUUUCUAUAGUUGUGGUGUUUCUGUCCCUGAGUCUCCGUGGACCAUUGAAACCAUCAAUGAGGUGCUUUAUUUUUCCAUCUGGUUGUCAUAGCGAUGGGACACGUCUCCGUCCUGUUGACCACGCAGUCGCUGAGUCGGGUUUUCUGCCACUUUGCAGAACACAAUCAAUCACAGACAUCUCUUUCUCCACAUUUAUAAAUAUGAUGCUGGAGAUGUUCUGAGUCAUCGACGGGCUUUUUAGUCUUGACUCAUGAAGCAUGAAGGACUGGUUUAAUACUUUAAGUUGCAAAUGGAAUCAUAGACGCAGUGUUUUUAGAUGGAAGGUGUGUUUUUAUUUAGGGAAUCUCACUGCGGCGCUGCAGCUCGCUCUCCUUCCCAUGAUCCUUUGCAGUUUGUGAGUCCGCCUUCCCCCCCCUCAGCGACGCCGACAAAUGAUGCCCUGAUUGUAAAAUGACACAAACUGAUAUUAAUGGAGUCAUUUCAUUGAUUUGACCUCAACCUUGCUGUCUCCCUCUCUGUUCAUAAGGGUGUGUGUGUGUGUGUGUGUGUGUGUAGCCCCUAACUGUGCCUGACCUAAAAAGCUUGCUAAUUGCAGGUGAGGGAGAACACAGCAUCUGCUGCCUCCUGUCUGCCUGGUUAUUCUCCAUUAGCAUCUAAACGUGGAACCUUCCUUAAACACAAAUGAGCACAACUUCUGGUGUCGAGGUCGUCACGAGUCGGUUUUACUCGAUUAAAUGAGCUUUCGUUGGUUCCUGUGUGAACGUCCCUCUGGGAGGACACGAGACCUUCUGGACCUUCUGCCGUCCCACAAUGCUUUGAGACGGCCUCUCGAGUGUCUCUGAGGACCAAUCACGACACAACAAGGACUCUCCUUCCCGGUGGGGUGGGUCACUUUUUAUUCGUCAUCGGUACUUGAUGCAUCCGAGUUCAGAAUCAUUCAGUUUUGGCACCUUGAAAGACAUUACUCUUUUUUUUUUUCAUUUACAACACGAGGCGAAACCAAAGAAGAAGAAAGAUGAGACAGAAAAGAGAGUAAGGCUGAGUGAGGGCUCA